GCAGUAUUGUAUUGAUUCUGUUUUGGUUUUCGUUGGCGGCCCAAAAAUAGGCAAAUGAGCUGGCAAUAUGUCUUUAAAAUUCCCAGAAUGCGCCUAUGGAGUUGAUUAGUGGUUCACUGAGCCAGAUCUUACCCAGAGUCCCUCAGAGAGGAGACUUUCAAAACCUCCAGAAGAUCAAGCCUGUAGAGAUAUCCAAUAUACUCCAUGCACAGCUCUCAGAGACUGACAAAGUUGGCAACAGUGCAAGUGAGAAGUUACAGAGACUCUAUCUGCAGAAUCAACAACAACAUGGAAGUUCUAGGCAUCAGCUGGUCACACUUCUAAAAGAGCUGGAGCUUCUUGAAACUCCGCUGACAGCGCAGGGACAGAACAAGGCCAAGCAUCAGACGCAGGAAGCACACAUAGCGGCUGCCAUCACCUGGUGGAGAGGCCAGACUAAGGAGGGCAAGAAAAACCAGGCUGCCCAAGUUCCACAAGAAACUGUGAUGGAUAUUCAGAAGCGGAUCCAAAGCCUGGAAGUCAAUCACAUACCAGCCCAGCUGGAAGAGACUAAGCGGUGCAUGAGGGUGCUUCUCAAAGACCAGGGAACGAGCACCUGUGACGACACUCAGAUUCAGUUUAGGGAUGUGGCUGUGGUCACUGAUUCAUCAGCAGAGCGUUCAGCUACAGAAGACCUGCUGAAGUCCCUGAGAAAAGUGGAGGACAUGGUGACGCAAGCCUUACGGGCAGCUCAGGUGCUCAUGGGCAGCGAGAAGAGGAUGAAGGAGAGGAUAGAGGCCAUCGGCAUGAGGGUGGAAAGAGCAUUGAGCAGAGCCGAAGCCACUGAGAGUCAACUCAAUGCCCUGGAGGCCACCAUCUCUGCUAACACACAGUCAUUAUGUAUGUCUCAGUCCAAGGGUACUGGGCUCCUGGUGGAUUGUGGCUCAGCUGCCAUUACGUUCUUUACCACACCUGAGCCUGUCGCUCAGGAGAGCGUCCUCACUCCACUAUUCUAUGAGAACGAAUUAUACAACUGCGAGAGCAUCAAGUAUAAAAGCCUCGUCUGUUUAGGGAGGAGCGGGCAGUCAGCAGGUUCACGGCGUAGAGGCAAGCGAAAGUAUAAACAAGGCUUCAACUGCACAAAACGCUUCCACUACGACAGAAAUCGGGAGCUGGGCGGUGAUUCCACCGCUUGCCGCGUCCCGGAACUCACGCUUACACUUACUGCGUCCUCUAGCGGACACUAUGGGGAAUGGAAUGCUUACUUAGCCAUGCCACGGCACAUGCCUGCUCACCUGGGGGAGGACAGCCCACCCCUACUACCUGACUUAAGCUUGAGGGAUAAAGGAAGUAGACCAGCUAUUAAAAACCCCAAGGGGAGACGGCUAGAAGAGGCUCAGGGGGCUGCCAACUUGAAAAACCCUGAUAAUGGGGGCAGCCCGACCACAGAGUUGAAAAAAGCCUACAUCACAAGGGAGAGACUGGACCUUCAGUCAGUGGUUCAAGCGAAACACAUAAGAAUAACAUUAGUCCUGCCUCAGGGACCGAUAUCGAGACGGACCAGCCCUCUCAGAGGUUUUAGAGGAAGACUUGGGACGGCGGGGAAUGAACUUCCUAUAUGGAGGCAGUGUGGGAGGGAGGGAGAGAGUCUGAAAGAAGUAUUGAAAACUCUGAUGUCAAUCAAGCGCUACGCCUCCUUUGGUGGCUCGCUUCUGUGCACGCGAGCAGAGGACCACAGCAACAAGGUCAGCAGAAACCCAGAUGCAACCCUCCUAGAUCAGGAUCCUGGUUCACCAUCUGAGCUUUGGCUGAAACGUGCUGACAGUGUUUGCCUUGAGCCGGUGUCUGCAGGUCUUCCAUCUGUGGGAGCGAUUACCCUACAGAGUCCUGCUUUACUCUGUACUGAGAGCUCUUUGCCGGAACCGUCAGCUUGUGAGGAGCCCACGCCACACAACAGACAGGAGAAUGUAGCUGGGUUAGAUUGGCCAGCAAGCAAUGACAGCUUCCUCUCAGAGUCAGAGGCUAUUAGGAACACCUUAGCUGUAAACGAGGAAACGUGCAGGAGUCAAAAUAAAGAAGAGACUGGAUGUGCAGGAGCUGAGCUACAAAACAGCAGAGGACGAACAGAGAGUUCUGGGAGGUGCCACAAAUCAGAACAUAGCAGUAGGACAGAGGCCUUAAAACUUUUGAACCGAGGGCAGACUUCCAAGUCAGCGGACGUCUGGGAUAAUCACGGAUUCAGUUUAUCAGAAGAGACCCAAGUAGAGGACACUGGGAGGUGUCAAGACGGAAGAGAGGAUUCAGAUUGCACUGGGAGGAGUCAAGAGGAAUCGGAGAGCAGUGGACAGAGUCAAGCAAGGACAGGGAACAGUGAGACUCAAGAGGAGUCCAAAACAAGUGACUCAGACACAUCAAAGAGUCCGAGUGUCCAAGCUACUGAUCUCACUGACAAUCCAGGGGACCAAGAGGACCCAACUGCUGUAUGUCAGUUUACACGCUCACGGGCUGAGCAAACUUCACUAAAGAGAGCUUAUAGUUUUGUGACAGAGUCUGUCACUGAUUUUAUCUUCCCUCACACACGCUCUCGGCCCCCGCUCAUCCCUGCCAUGCCCACCCUUCCUGAGGAAGAGGAAGACUCUCCAGAGGAGCUCAACAGUACAUCCAGCUCGCCCUCCACAUGUCUUUGGGUUACAGCUCUCUCCCCGAACCCAACGCCAUGCUCCUCCCCCCGACCAUCCAGAAGCAGUUCCCUCUCCUCACCCUCACAGCUAGGUCCUGAGGUCACCACAACUCCUCCAGCAAGUCCCUCCAUAGCUAAGCAUCUGGAGGUACCAUCUACUCAUGACCAAGGGGACACGAGUAAGCCAGAGCAGGAGACCUUCACGAGGCUAGUAGAUUGGAUGCCCAGUGACAAGCGAAAGGUGUCCUCAGGACCUUUAACCGUGCGUUAUUCCACCGCUGUACCAGCCAGAGAUCCUGCUGUGGUUCAGAAGGAGAAGCCAGACCAUCAUGGACCAGCAGACAAGGGGAAAAACUCUGAACACGCAGCCCAGAAAAAGGAGGAGACUUCUGGCUGUGGCAUCACAGGGGUAGCCAAACCCGUCCCCCGGCCACCCACACAGCAAGCCCCGUGCACGGCCGAAAUCAAAACAAUAGGGGCCUUUCCUCCUCUGAUGAGAGCCGUCUCCUGGGACACGGUAGGCUCCAUAAACAUGAGGAAUGCAGCUCCUAAAGGGGAGGACAGUCUUUCAGACAAAUCAAGGGAGUCUCUUUUUAAGUCCUCUGGGUACAAGGACUUCCCUGUGCCACCUGGGAACGUUCAGAAACUGUCUAAAUUGCGCGAGGAGCACAAACUGAUGCGUAACCAGAGCAUCUCCAGCCCAAAGCUUCCUGACCUGAGUGAAACGACCGAGCAGGAACGAGGUAUGAACUCAAACGCCUUUGUGCAGCUGUCCCUGGCAUUCCGCAAUGACAAUUACACGCUGGAGUCGCGGCUGAAACAGGCGGAAAGAGAGCGCAGCCUGACUGAGGAAAAUGCUGAGAAGGAACUGGAAGAGUUUAAAAGCACUCUCAAGAACACUGUGUCACUGUGGCAGAACAUCGAGCAGCGGGAGUUUUACCAGCAUCUCUUAGAAACGAUCGCCGUAUUGUACCGCCUGACCAACCGCCUCUCCAGCAGGGCUGAAAUGGUGGGAGCUGUGCGGCAGGAGAAGAGAAUGAACAAGGCCACUGAGGUGAUGAUGCAGUAUGUGGAGAAUCUGAAGAGGACGUAUGAGAAGGACCGUGCUGAGCUGAUGGAGUUUAAGAAGGUUGCCAGCCAAAACUCCAGCCGCUGUUACGCGGGCUCAGUGGACACUGGAGAGGAUGGUGUUCCACGUACAUCAAGAUCCAUGUCUGUGCAAAUGGGAAAGGCUUUGCCCAGACGAAGAGUCAGCGUGGCUGUAGUUCCCAAGUUUAAUCUACUGAACAUCCCCGGGCAGACGCCAGCCGCCGCUGGCCCUAAUGCUGGCCCACUUCCUGUGGUGUGUGAGGCGAACACCAUUAAGAACAGCAGUUCCUCAGACCCCACACAACAAGAUGUGCCUGAUAAAUCCAGUGGAAACCCUCUGACGGAGCAGGAAAGUGAAGCAACGCCAACCAAAGUUGUCUGCAGUCCAGAGAAGGUUACAGAAGAGAUCAAAGCCAAGAUUGAAGAAGCAGCGUAUAACAAAGGGUACCAGGAAGGACUUAAGAGGUCUAAAGAACUUCAAGAGCUGAAGGAGGAGGAAGAGAAAGCGGAAGAGAAGCCGAAGGACUCUGAGGAGGAAGCAAGAGGAAAUACUGAUAAAGACAGGAAGACUAAUAGCAGGUUCGAGGAGGCAUUAGAGGUCUUUGACCGAAUAUUCCCAAAAUUCUUCCGAGGAAACCGAGUGCUCUGGAUCGUCCUCACUCUGUUUUUCACUUCAUUCAUACUUGUCAAUGUCAUAAGCUUCUUCAGUAACCGCUACAGUGAGAGCGGAGACACGUCUGCAGAGAAGUCCGCCGUCCCAGGCAAGACGUUUUUUGGACUGAAUGUAGGGUCGAAGACUCCUGCCCCAGAAUGACAUUAUUUUCUUCCAUCACGGAGAGACAGAUCAAGGGAAUUCUGCUGGCAAUUUCCUUACCAAGCACAGCUCAUAUUGUUUCUACCAGUCUUUCACACUGCAUUUAGUAAAUAGCAGAACUACUUGUUAUUGUUUAGGGACCAAAUGUAAUUAGAUGAGCAAUCAGUUUUGCUUUAUUAACUAAAUUGAUAAGUUAUAAUACUUGCGGUUGUGAUUUCUUGAAAUCCGUUUUCUAAGACUGUCACGUUUGAUAUAUGAUUAUACCACUCGAACCUUAUGAUUAAACUUCUCAGGUUUUGUGAAAGAUAUAUUUGAAAUAUUAGGUACAAUAUUUAAUACAGAAUUUGGUACAGUAUGUUUUAAAGUCUUUGCGAUUGUUUAUGUUGUUUAUUUGAAUUGACAUUCCAAGGUAGAUCCUAAAGUGCAAUAUUUUGCGACUGGUAGUUGACGGUUGUGUGGGGUUGUGCCUUCAGAGCACUGAGUUUAAUAGUACAGAAUUUUUCACAAUUUUCAAGAGCACUUUUAACUAGCAUGAAAGAGUUCAUAUUUGCACAUGUGUUUACUGUUGUGCCACUUCACCUUGUAAUAAAGGUGUUUGAAAAUCGCACGUGGUUGUUUCUAGAGUACAUGUGCUAUUCAAU